AUGUCCUUCGAAGGUCUGCAGGAGCGCCUGACGGCCCUGCAAGAGACCACGGCCCAGCUCAAGGAGCUCAUCGACAGGCUCCACAACCUCAAGUUCCAGCCGGGCUCGGUGCUCCUCGGUACAGACGAGGAAAAUAGCGUCAGCGCGGACCUGAGCUCAGAGAUCAGCCAGAUCCUCAGGGAAGAGGAGGAUGACUUAGAGCUCCUGAGGGAGGAGGUCGAGGACCUUCGGGACGGGAGGCCGGGGAGCGAGGCGGAGCAUACCAAGACCCGCCUGAAGGAUGGCGUGGAGAGGCUGGGGCAGGAACUCAAGAGUUCACGAGUCACAUUUCGCAAGGCGCAACUCACAGCGAAGCGCAACCUCUUGGAGGCGCAGCGCCUCGAGCGCGAACUCCUCCUUCAGUCCUACUCGCAACCCGUCUCCGAAGUAUCCUCCCCGUCCCUGGGCGUGCAAAAGCCAGACGUGAUCCGCCACCGACAGGUCCAUCAGACCAGCAAGAACACAAGCUCUCUGACCGAAGACGACCAGCAAACGGUUGGCGCGAGCAGCAAUGUCACAAGUGCGCUGCGGCGCACGCACGACCUCAUCGCGGCGGAGUUAGCCCGCAGCGAGUUCGCCCACCAGACCCUGACAGAAUCGUCGGCGGCGCUGGCGCAGCUCAACGACUCUUACAGUUCCCUCGACACCAUGCUCGCGAGCUCAAAGGAUUUGCUGGGAACGCUACUCCGCUCUCAGAAGAGCGACACUUGGUAUCUACAGACGUCUCUCUACAUGCUCAUGGUGACGGGCGCAUGGCUGCUGUUCCGGAGGUUGUUAUAUGGACCCAUGUGGUGGCUAGUAUGGCUGCCGUUGCGACUGAUCUACAAUGUCACAGUCGGCGGCGGCGGGGCAGUUGUCAAGUAUGCCGGGUCUGGGGCACCGUCGGAAGCGGUGGUGGUUAACGAGGGGAAGAAUGAUGUCGAGGGCUUGCCGGAUGAUUCGUUGCCUACCGUGCAGGUCGGGAGGGAGCCGCAACGAUCAGCGGCUGGUGGAGAUCCCGACUCGCUGAUUGAAAAGGUGGGUAGAAUUGUGGAGGAGAUGCCGGCAGAGAUCGGCGAAGAGACAAAGACAACGACGAACGAGGGAAAUCCGGUAGAGGAUGAAACUCUUGUUGAACAGGUGCCCGGCGACGAGCCGAAGCUAGGGACGGAAGAGGAAGUCAGGCAGCGAGACGAGCUGUAA